GGCGGUGAGGGGCACAGCCCCCCGCCCCCAUGGCCGCCCGUCGGAGCCAGAGGCGGAGGGGGCGCAGGGGGGAGCCGGGCACCGCCCUGCUGGCCCCACUUGUGCUGGGCCUGGGCCUGGCGCUGGCCUGUUUUGGCCUUCUGCUAGCCGUGGUCAGCCUGGGGAGCCAGGCAUUGUCGUCUGCCCAGGAGCCUUCCCAGGGAGAGCUGAUGGCAGAGGAGGACCAGGACCCGCAGGAACUCUAUCCCCAGUCAGGAGAGAGCCAGGAUCCUGUGCCUUUCCUGAAACAACUGGUUCGGCCUCGAAGAAGUGCACCUAAAGGCCGGAAAACACGGGCUCGCAGAGUGAUUGCCGCCCACUAUGAAGUUCACCCAAGGCCUGGACAGGACGGAGCGCAGGCAGGUGUGGACGGGACGGUGAGUGGCUGGGAAGAGGCCAAAAUCAACAGCUCCAACCCACUGCGCUAUGACCACCAGAGUGGGGGAUUUAUAGUCACCCGGGCUGGGCUCUACUACCUGUACUGUCAGGUGCACUUCGAUGAGGGGAAGGCUGUCUACCUGAAGCUGGACUUGCUGGUGGAUGAUACACUGGCCCUGCGCUGCCUGGAAGAGUUUUCUGCCACUGCAGCAAGUUCCCUCGGGCCCCAGCUCCGUCUCUGCCAGGUGUCUGGGCUUUUGCCCUUGCGUCUGGGGUCCUCCCUACGGAUCCGAACCCUCCCCUGGGCCCAUCUCAAGGCUGCCCCCUUCCUCACCUACUUUGGACUCUUCCAAAUUCACUGAGGGGCCCUGGUCUCAUGAUGGUUUUCCCAGGCCACUGGCUCCCUACAACAACUCACUGAGCACCCCAGUCCCCUCUGCCCCACCCUAAGCUGCCUAUCCUUCCAUAGGCUGCCAGGGCUUGUUCACAUGUUUUCCGUGCCUCAAAAAAUAUUCCCAUUCAUCCUGAUGACUCCCUCCACCUCUGGUUCUCCACCUCACUAGCUCCUGAACCCCUCUCUGAUCUUCGAUGCCCCAUAUAUCUCCUGACUUCCCAACCUGGCCACAGCCCCCUGGGACUCUGUGUUUACUGUACUCUGGGUGAGAAUGGGUCCCCAGUACUCCUCUUCAGGCACUAAGAGGGCUGAAUGCCAGAGAGACUGGGAUUAGGCCAGGAGUUCCCAGAUGUGAGGACUAACAGAUCAAGACAAGCUCCUCUCCUAAUAAUUCCCUGUGGAUUUUAAAACAGAUAUUAUUUUUAUUAUUAUUAUGACAAAAUGUUGAUAAGUGGAUAUUAAAGAGAAUAAGUCAUG